UUCCAAGUGCUGGGGUUACAGGCAUGCGCCACCACGCCCAGCUGGAUGAUUUUAUGUUAAUUCCCUAAUCUUACCUCAGCAUUUUCUCCCCAGAAUAAAACAGCCCUGGGUCUUGUUUUAGAUAGCUUCUUCCUCUCUGUGACACCUGGUCAGUUCCAUGGCCAGUCCUCCUGGCUUUUCAAAUGUUCCAUCCAACCACCUCCUUCACUCUUCCCCAAUCUCUGUCACCUGGGCGGGCCCUGAUUUGACUUUCGUUCUGGGUUUGGGGCUUCCACUCUUUUGCCCUCCAAUUUACCCCUCUUCAUACUUUCUGAUACUCAGAUCUGACCCUGUCCUCCCUUGCUCUAACCCCUGCUUUGGCUCCCCAGUGCCCUUAGUGCAAAAGCCAAACUCUUUAGUUUGUAUUCAGAACCUUUUACUAUCUGGGUCAUCUACCCAUUACAUCUACCGCAUGGCAACCACAGGCUGGGAGGACGUUUCACACACACACACGGGCACUUCCCCUUAACGUGAAAAGUCUGCCUUUCCUUACUUUUGUCUGUAGGUCUGUCCCCUUUCCCAUACUGUACGUCCAAGGUCCACCAUCAGAAUCCCUCUCAGCCCUCCCUUGCCCUGCGUGCCUCUCCAGGGUUCCGUCAUGGGGUGGGGGAGGGGCCCCACCUGGCACCCAACCCCCCAUUCUAGCUGGCGCUCAGGUCUCCAACAACAGAACCAGAGCCACUCAGUGCCACUAGAACUCAUUCGGAGUGGCCUGCGGCCCCUCGUCCCAAGCCAGAAGGGCUUUGGGGGAGGGGUGCAGCCCCUGGCAGACUCACCGAGUGGCCAAGGGGGCUGAGCGGUACCAGGGACUUGGGGGCCAACCUCACAGGGAGAGGCGAGAGCGUGGUUCUCUUUUCCCCGCUGGGGGACCCUCGGGCCGGCCGCAGAGUGGGAGGCCUCGGCGACAGAGCCUGUGGUUGGGGGACGGAGCAGGACAGCCUCUGGUGGCAGGGGCACCAUGGCCACCAUCCAAUCAGAGACAGACUGUUACGAUAUCAUUGAGGUGCUGGGCAAGGGCACCUUUGGGGAGGUGGCCAAGGGCUGGCGGCGAAGCACCGGCGAGAUGGUGGCCAUCAAGAUCCUAAAGAACGACGUGUACCGCGGCCGCAUCAUCAAGAACGAGCUGAAGCUGCUUCGCUGCAUGCGGGGCCUGGACCCCGAGGAAGCCCACGUCGUCCGCUUCCUCGAGUUCUUCCACGAUGCCCUCAAGUUCUACCUGGUCUUCGAGCUGCUGGAGCAAAACCUGUUCGAGUUCCAGAAGGAGAACAACUUCGCGCCCCUCCCCGCCCGCCACAUCCGGACAGUCACCCUGCAGGUACUCAGGGCCCUGGCGCGGCUCAAGGAGCUGGCGAUCAUCCACGCGGAUCUCAAGCCGGAGAACAUCAUGCUGGUGGACCAGACCCGCUGCCCCUUCAGGGUCAAGGUGAUCGACUUCGGCUCAGCCAGCAUUUUCAGUGAGGUGCGCUACGUGAAGGAGCCCUAUAUCCAGUCCCGCUUCUACCGGGCCCCCGAGAUUCUGCUGGGGCUGCCCUUCUGCGAGAAGGUGGAUGUGUGGUCCCUGGGCUGCGUCAUGGCCGAGCUGCACCUGGGUUGGCCCCUCUACCCGGGCAAUAAUGAGUACGACCAGGUGCGCUACAUCUGUGAGACCCAGGGCCUGCCCAAGCCCCACCUGCUGCACGCCGCCCGCAAGGCCCAUCACUUCUUCAAGCGCAACCCCCACCCUGAUGCCGCCAACCCCUGGCAGCUCAAGUCCUUGACUGACUACCUGGCGGAGACCAAGGUGCGCCCACUGGAGCGCCGAAAGUACAUGCUCAAGUCCUUGGACCAGAUUGAGACGGUGAACUGCGGUGGGGCUGCGGGGUGGCUGAGCUUCCUGGACCGCGAGGCGCUGGCCGAGCUUGCCGAUCUCAAGAGCAUGGUGGAGCUGAUCAAGCGCAUGCUGACCUGGGAGUCGCAUGAGCGCAUCAGCCCCAGUGCAGCCCUGCACCACCCCUUCGUGACCAUGCAGCAGCUGCGCAGCACCCACGAGGGCACGCACUACUACCAGCUGUCGCUGCAGGGCUGCCGCCAGUCACUGCAGAUUGAGGGCAGGCCACCUCUGUCUGCCGCUGCCUCCGCUGAGGACAAGCCGCCCUACUACCGUUUGGCCGAGGAAGAGGAAGAGGAAGAGGAAGAAGAGGAGGCAAUGUCCGCUGUGGGCAGAGGUGGCUUGGCAAAUGGCGGGCCCUUCUUCCAGGAUGAAAAGGCACCAGGCAUGCAAAGGGCUAUCGACCAGCUGGACGAUCUGAGCCUGCAGGAGGCCGGGUGUGGGCUGUGGGGUGAAGCCCAGGCCGACAGGGUCUCCGACACGCUGACCACACUCAAGGCGGCCACCGCCAGCUGCCAGGUCCCCAGCUCGGGCCCAGAACCCAUCCUAGCCUUCUACAGUAGCCGCCUGGCAGGCCGCCACAAGACCCGCAGGCUGCCCUCGGGCUCCAAGUCCAACUCCAACUUCAGCAACCUCAUCCGGCUGAGUCAGGCCUCGCCAGAGGACGACGGACCCCUCCGGGGCAGCGGCUGUGACGGAGAGUGCCAGGGGGCCCCUGCUGAGCCACCUGCCAUCCCACAGCAGGAGGGCGACGGGCCCUGCAUCCAGGACACAGCGAUGGACGAGGAGAGGUCAGGCCCCGAGCUCUUCAACCCCAAUUACUGUCCUGGAGAAUGGCUAAGUGAGGCCGACUGGACCCUGGAGGGCAUCAGAGGCCUGCGGGCUCAGGGAGUCCCACCCCGCCACCUCCACCCGCAUGCUCCACCCCGGGGCACCAGCUUUCUACAGCAUGUCGGUGGGCAUCAGUGACGGCGAUCACACCCUACCCAUGACUGGGAGCUGCACUGCUGGGGCUGGCAUCUCCUUGUCCUGAACCAUUCCUCAGAGCCGUCCCCCAAAGCCACACAUUAUUCUUACAGAAAGACAGUUAUCCAGAAUGCCCCCUGCCCCCAGGGCACGCCCACACCUACCCCCAGGAAACCAGAGGCCCCAGAAGUCUGGCCCGUGGCCCUCCUGGCCAGGCUCAGCAGAAACAGGGCUGCAAUCCGCUGACCCAAGCUUGCCCUGGUCCUGCUACCUCCACCUAUUUCA